AACGGAGGAUUUCACACCAUAGAGCCCCGGAGAGACCAAAACCGACGACCAGACUCUUACUGAUAUAAUGCCAGCGCAGUGCACUCUCAUUUAAGUGCAGAUUCUGAGAGGUUCGGCGCGUUCCUUAGAUCAUGGAACAUCCCACAGAAGCUUUGUGACUAUUUUGGAAGUAUUUUUAACAAUUUAUUUGCAAUAUUUGGGUUAUUCUGCACCUUGACAACUUUGACUUAAGACAUCAUAUACUAAUUUUUUACCUUCUUUUGCAAAACCUCAAAUCUGACAGUCAUCAAUAUGCAUGAGUCAUUAAGCCCCGGGCUUUUUAGCUUUCUCUUUUAUUGAUCCGCGUCUGAGCUGCUCCGAUAACAGCCAAAGACAAGAUAUGAGACAACUCAAGGAACUGUUAUUGUUAUUUAGGUUAUGGUGACACUGACAGACAAGUUGAUCGGGAUGGAUGUGGGUUUUAGAUUUCUAUUUAUCUUCUGCUCGCUGCUCAUCGCGUUCAGUGACGGGUCUCCGUUCACCGACUGCAUUCAGAGCAAAGGGAAAGCGGGGUUUUACGAGGGAUCCAUAGACUCAACCGAAUCAGGCGUGAAAUGCAUGAACUGGAGCGAUAUGCCGGGGGUUCUAGAGCGGUAUCCGGGAAAAGGGCUGGGGGAUCACAGUUUCUGCCGGAAUCCGGACGGAAGAAUUCGGCCCUGGUGUUUCUUCCCAAACAGCCGAGGACGCAUAGACUGGGGGUACUGCGACUGCAAGCAAGGUUCUUUGCGACUGCAGGGAGGCAGAUCCAAGCUGGAUGGAACAGUAGAAGUGUAUCUGAAUGGUGUGUGGGGAACCAUCUGCAGUAAUGGCUGGGAUGACCGAGAUGCCGCUGUGGUGUGUCGACAGCUGGGACAGGGCUAUAGAGCGCGUGCACGUGUGAGUCCUCUGUCACGUCUGGCGGUGUCUGUAGUUCACUGGCAGACUGUGGGCUGUGAUGGACAGGAAGAGGACUUACUGCAGUGCAAUCGCACCGUCUGGAACGGGGGAGAGUGUGUUAACCGUCACGCGGCUGCCGUCUCUUGCACGCCAGUGGAGGCUUCAAUGUUUGUCCCAGUACGUCUCUCUGGUGGGCCAUCAGCAUACGAGGGCAGAGUAGAGGUGUAUCAUGCAGGACAGUGGGGCACAGUGUGUGAUGACCAAUGGGAUGAUAAUGAUGCUGAGGUGGUCUGCAGGCAGCUGGGGUUGGGGGGCAUUGCUAAGGCUUGGAUGGGAGCAUAUUUUGGUGCAGGCUCAGGGCGAGUAUUGUUGGAUGAGGUGAGCUGCACAGGAAAUGAGCUUUCCAUAGAGCAGUGUCCAAAAACUGCCUGGGGGGAGCACAACUGUGACCACACAGAGGAUGCUGGAGUGUCUUGCAUCCCACUUUCAGGUACACAUGUACGUGUUUUUGGGGGUGUGAAGGGUUAUGAGGGGAGACUGGAGGUUCAUUACAGAGGUCAGUGGGGGACCGUGUGUGACACAGGCUGGACACAGACCAACACACAGGUCGUCUGCAGGCAGAUGGGCUUCAGGUCAGGGGAGAGUGUGUCGGCAGGGCGGUUCGGGGUGACGGCGGGUCCCAUUCUCCUGGAUGAUGUUAGGUGUACAGGAAAAGAGCCCACAGUUACACACUGCAGCCGGAGAGGCUGGUUCAAACAUGACUGCACUCACAACCAAGAUGUAGCCAUUGUGUGCAACCCCCAACGCUCCAGACAUGGAGUGCCCACCAGUAUGCCUGUGAGACUGGUGGGCGGAGAGAAUGAGAGAGAGGGGCGUGUGGAGAUCCUGGUGGCUGGCCAGUGGGGGACGGUUUGUGAUGACGGAUGGACGGAUCGGGAUGCAGAGGUGGUGUGCAGACAGCUGGGUUACAGUGGGCUGGCUAAAGCUCGUGUAAUGGCAUAUUUUGGAGAGGGUGAGGGGCCUAUUCACACUGACAAUGUAAAGUGCACAGGUGGGGAACAUUCACUGAUUGAUUGUAUCAAACAACCAUUUGGGACACACAACUGCCGCCAUAGCGAAGAUGCCGGUGUUAUUUGUAACUAUGGGUUACAGAAGGAUUCUCCUGAGGUCAAAGAGGCAGUGGGCUCCAUGUGUGGUCUAAGACCCUCUCAUACCCGUCAGAAGAGAAUAAUAGGAGGAGAAAACUCACUACGUGGGGGCUGGCCGUGGCAGGCAGCUGUGCGCUUACGGGGAUCUCAGGCAGACGGACGGUUGGUAUGUGGAGCCACUUUGAUCAGCAGCUGCUGGAUCCUCACCUCUGCUCACUGCUUUAAGAGGUACGGUAACAGCACUGGGCUGUAUAAAGUUCGUGUUGGUGAUUAUCACUCUCUGGUUCCUGAGGAGUAUGAGGAAGAGUACGCCGUGGAGAAGAUCGUCCUUCACCCUCGCUACCGCGCUGACAGCAAUGACUACGACCUGGCACUGGUCCGUGUUUCUGGUCAUAGAGCUCACAGGGGUGUCACGGACGACUGCGUCACACUGAGCCGCUUUGUGCUGCCCGCCUGCCUGCCAAUGCGGAGAGAGAAAGUGCCAAAGGGCAUUGCCAACUGCUACAUCACAGGCUGGGGAGACACAGGUCGUGCAUAUUCAAAAACUCUCCAGCAGGCUUCGAUUUCCGUGUUGAGCAAGCGUCAGUGCGAGCAGCGCUAUUCUGACCAGUUCACCAGUCGCAUGCUGUGCGCCGGCUCCUCCCACGAUGACCACCGUGUCGACAGUUGCCGUGGAGAUAGCGGCGGUCCGCUGGUGUGUGAGAGGUCGAGUGGAAGUUGGGUUGUAUAUGGGGUCACAUCAUGGGGUCACGCGUGUCGACUGCAAGACGCACCUGGCGUCUACACCAAAGUCUCUGCCUUCGUACCCUGGAUUAAGAAGCUCAUUGGCAAGUAGGGCCCAGAAAAAUCAACCAAUAACAGACAGUCUGACUGUGCGGGCAGAAAAAUGAAGCACACUUUUAGAGUAAGAAGCUUUCAAGCUAAAUAUGUUUUAGAUUACAGUUUAAAAUAGAUUAUAGUUUCAUAAAACUAGCUGAAAUCAACUACACAUAAGUCUUAAUGGUCGGAGAGAAUUAUGUAGAGCCUGGCUUUAAAUACAGUAAGAUCAUCACAAAAUUUUAACUUUGCUGUAAAAGUUACAGUGAAAAAGGUUUAUGCUUGAAACAAUACAAAGUUGCUUCAGUAACUUUAUCUGGUUUUAACAAUGGUUAGAUAUUUUUACUGGAAAACACACUCUCUCUCUCUCUCUCUCUCUCUCUCUCUCUCUCUCUCUCUCACACACACACACACAUACACACACACACACACACACACACACACACACAGGCCUAUAAUAGCGAUGUGUGGAUUGGUCUUAAAUCGGCAGGUGAAAUUAUUGCAGGUUUUCUUUCUUUUUUUCUUUUUUAUAAUGAAAGCACUUCUAGGUUGAAGAGACCACAAUGGUGAGUGUGGAGUUAUUGAUUUUUAUUACAAAUUACGAAAACAAUAAUGAAAGGAUAUCUGUGUGACUAUGUACUUUAUGCCAUUAAGAGACAGAAACUAUUUGAGCCUGUAAAAUGGGAAGAGUAAUGUUCCACUUUGAUACUGAAGAACGUUCCAGUGGCUUGAAAUCACAUCAAGAUUUAAUGCUGAAAUGAGAAGAUUCUGGAUUUCCUGCUAAGAAAUGUAUGGUAAUUCUAAACUCCUGGGAUAUGGUUACCAUGCCUUUGCUAAGUAACUGACCACAUCACCUCAUCGACACAUUAAAUGACAUCAUAAUGCUCCACAGGAACCAUGACAUCAUUUAUUAUAGCACAGAUGUUCGUAAUGAUAACUGGACUGAGGUUUUCUAUAUCUCAACAUCAGGACAAAAAGCACAUCAUAUAUUUGCUUAUAUGGGAGUUAUGUGCAAUGCAAAACUGUUUAUACCUCCUUGUUUUAAUGUUGUGAUAAUGCAUUUAAUUUCAGCAUAAUUAACUUGUGUUUUAUUUUCUGUUAUGUCUAUAUUACACAUCUGUGAGUAUGUUUUAUGAAAGUAGUCUUUAUAAAAACUACACCCCUUUUUUUAAAACAACAACAACUGGUCUGUGUAUAUAAAAAAGCUGACCAACCACAAACUCUUAUUUUGCACAAACUAAGGUGUUGCAGUUUAGACUUUUGUAAAUUUGUUUUUCUAAUGCAUCAUUCAGUCAUAUUGUAAUCUUCUGUUAAUUAACUGUACUAUGAAAACUGUAAAAAGUGUUAAUUUGUUCACACAAGGUCAAUAAUUCUGUGUUUAGUAUUGCCUUUAUAUAUGUUUAAAUAUUUCUGAACAUGGCAUGGUGCUUUUAUUAUUGCCUAAAAUUGUAUGUCAAGUCAUGUUUUAUGUGACUCUAUUUAUAAUGGCUGCCAUUAUGGUAAAUAAUAUUUAGAGGAACUUAAGAUCACAAAAAGCUAUAUACAGUUGUCUUACAACUUCAGUUUUAAACAUUUCACAAUUGGUAUAAAAUUUGUCGUUGGAAUAAAGUACUGUUUCUUAAAUUAGAAGAUUUGAUUAGAGAAAAUUCGAGAGGAAAAACAGUAUGUUUUAUAUUUGAGGAAGUUUCUGAGAAAAUGGUUAGCUUUAGAUUUUCUGAGUACAGCUAGCUUUGUUUUGUUCGCACAGUGGUCAGUGUGUACAGACCUGACAGUGCAAUGUUAGUGUCGUCUUUUCAUAAAAGCCCUUUGUUUACACAGGUCCAUUGUGUGUAUAUGUGUGUUGACAAUGCAUUUUAAAUACACUUCUCCUUUGAGCUCAUCUCUAUGGAGACAAUUUGACCUAAAUGAAUUUUCAGAAAUGCA